AUGAAUAACUUAUUACGUAGGAGCAUAUUUCCAAUUUAUGCUAACUCUCUGAAGUUAUCAUGCCGUUCAUUUGCUGAUGUUCCGAUAAAAGACAAAAUCGACACUAUAGUUAAAAAUAAUAAAGUGGUAGUAUUUAUGAAAGGUGUGCCAGAUGCUCCAAGAUGUGGGUUCAGCAAUGCGGUAGUACAGAUAAUGAGGAUGCACGCGGUUCCAUACGACAGUCACGAUGUUUUGUCAGAUGAAGACCUAAGACAAGGUAUCAAAGACUACUCUAACUGGCCGACAAUCCCACAAGUCUUUAUCAAUGGUGAAUUUGUUGGAGGUUGUGACAUUAUGCUACAAAUGCACCAAUCAGGUGAGCUCAUUGAGGAACUCAAGAAGGUUGGCAUUAAGAGUGCACUCCUUACUGCUGAGGAGUCUAAAAAAGAGGAAUUGAAAUAA